AUGCAGAGUGGGUUCAGAUCGAAUAGAAGCACUGCAGAUGUAGUAUGGGCUCAUCGAUGGAUCGCUGCACGCUGCCAGCACCUGCAGUCCAGUAUAAGUAUUCUGGGUAUCGCCUUUGACACUUUUAGUCGCCGGAAACUCGUCAAUGUGUUGCGGUCAUUCCUGGAGCCAGAUGAGGUGCGCCUGGUCCAGCUCCUGGUUUCAGAUACAACACUAUCAGCACGCAUCAAAAAUACCCAAAGCCGACCAUUUGCAACAACAUCUGGCACCCCACAAGGUGACUCGCUGUCACCCGUGUCAUUCAUCAUCUACCUCGAGACUGCACUGCGCCAUGUUUUCUCCUGUAUUCCACCUCGACCUAAUCUAGACAUCACCCUCAACCUGCCGCCGCCCCUAGGUUAUGCCGAUGAUGUGGACUUCGUCAGCACCAGUUCUGAGUACCUGGACUCGAUCCUUCCUAUUGUUGGCGACUGCCUCGCGGACUGGGACCUGAAAGUUAACCAAGCCAAAACAGAACGCACUACUAUCCAGAGGAAGAAGGACCGAGUGGAGGAAGAGUGGAGGCGCACACGCAAGCUUGGAUCCCUUAUUGGAGACAAAGAGGAUGUCGCACGCCGAAUCCAGAUUGCUUCGGGCACAUUCAACAAGAUGUGGCCAUUGUGGUCACGCGGACAUCUGGUCUCCGAAAAGCUACGGGUGAGGCUCUACGAAGCCUUCAUCAAGCCUCUGCUGAUGUACAACGCAGGCACAUGGGGCCUCUCAGACUCUCAGCUGUGUACUCUUGACUUGACAUAUCGGAGACACCUGAGAGUUGUUGUGGGUAUCCGCUACCCACAGAUAAUCAGCAACGAUGACCUCCACCGCAGAACAGAGACACAGCCCCUAACUGUCCUGGUAAAAGCUGCUCGGAUGCGACUAGUCGGUCGCAUCUGCAGACUGGACAAGGAGUCCCCAGCACAAAUGGCCAUGACAUCAUACUUCCGGCAAACAAAGGACGAGAAAAAAUUCCGUGGCCGGCCGCCUUCCACACUCCCAACAAUACUGAGAACAGACCUCGCAACAAAGGGAAUGAAGCUGCAGACAGAUAAAGAUCUCUCACACAUCAGGGACCUGGCAGAGGACAGAGCAGUAUGGCGGCAGCUUUUCCGCACCUGA